AUCUCAAAGCACUAAUGUGCCUUGAAGUAAACAAGGGUUGAGAUAUAAGUUUGAGAGACUCAAAAGCUCAAUCGGUUGUCUGUUCAUCCUUACCGUGUGAACUACUAACUGCAUCAUGAAAUUGUUGUUUGUCCUAGCGGCGUUGGUGGCCGUGGCCUCAGCCAAUUAUAUUACUGUUGGGAACAAGGUGUACCGGGAACGUUCUCUUGUCGUUUCCCCUGUGUCCCAUCAUCGUAUUCCCAAUCGUGUGGACCAAAACUUUGGCAAAAUUGUCGGUGGACAAGAAGCUACUCCUCAUUCCCACCCGUUCAUUGUCAACCUGAUUUUGGACUUGUUUUACUUUUGCGGUGGCAGUUUGAUCGCCCCUAAUGUAGUUCUCACCGCUGCCCAUUGUACUGAUGGUGUCAACUCGGUUAAGGUCACCGCUGGUGCCCAUAAGUUGAGCGCCAAUGAGCCCUCUCAACAAGUUCAGACCAGCACGAACAUUAUCACUAAUGCCGACUUCAGUCUCGAUUUGGUCGACAAUGAUGUGGCCUUAAUCAUUUUGGAUGAGCCUUUCGAGAUCAAUGAGUUCGUCAGUACCAUCGCUUUGAGCGAGGCUGAACCCGCCGUCGGAGAAAUGGUCCAAGCAACCGGAUGGGGUAAGACCCGCGACGGUAUCCUGGCCACAACUUCGGACAUUCUCAUGGACGUGACCAUUCCCGUUGGAGAUGAUGCUGACGCCGAGUCUGUCUAUGGACCCGAUUUGGAUUACACCACUAAGAUCUGCAUUGACACCACGGGAGGUCUUGGAACCUGUCAAGGAGAUAGUGGCGGCCCCUUGUUCGUGAAUGACGGUGCUGAUGCCGCCAUUGUUGGAAUUACCUCAUUUGGAUCAUCCAUUGGCUGCGAAUCCGGACUCCCAUCCUGCUUCACGUCAGUGCCAUCUUACAACGAAUGGAUUCAAGAUAAUAUGCCCUGAGUACGCACGAUGAUUUACUAACAAAAUGAAUAGAGUUCUGUAUUUCUCA